AUAAACCAUUUUCCCUUGAAUUCACGAUCAAGGUAUAAAUACUAGUCUGCACGCCGCUUCUUCUUCUUCUUCAGCCAUAUAGUACCUUCGCUGCAUCAUUUAGGGUUUCUGCAUCUGAUUCGAUGGGGAAGGGAACGGGGAGUUUCGGUAAGAGGAGGAACAAGACCCACACUCUUUGUGUGAGAUGCGGCCGCCGCAGCUUCCACCUCCAGAAGAGUCGCUGCGCCGCAUGUGCUUUCCCCGCUGCACGCAAGAGGAAAUAUAAUUGGAGUGUCAAGGCAAUCCGUAGAAAGACCACCGGAACUGGUAGGAUGAGGUACUUGCGUAAUGUGCCUCGCCGAUUUAAGAGUGGUUUCAGAGAAGGUACUGAAGCUGCACCCAGGAAGAAGGGAGGAGCUGCCACUGCGUAAACUUUUGGAAGAUCUCUGUUUACUCGGUAUUGAAUUACAGGAUUAGAUUGUUUUUCUUUUUCUUUUUGGUGACUGGGGCAAGUCUCUUGGAACAUUUAUUUUUACAGCCUCAUUGGUUCUCUCUCUUUUCCAUUUUGAUUUGUAGUUGCUUUAUAUUUCAACAAGAUGAUUAUAAGACUUAUUGAUUGUUUAGAUGGAUUAUAAUAGUUUUGGCUUUAAAUGGUUUU